AUGGCAUCCACCGCUGCAGGCACAUCAAAGAACGCGCACGGGCCUCUCCGCGACAGGGCCGCAGAGCGCACAGAGGCGGAGUGGGAGACCAUCUAUGCGGCCCGCAAGGCCCGUAAGGAGAAGCACCGUGCCCGUGCUGCUGGCGUGAUCGAUCGGCGCAAUCCACGCUGCCGCCGCUACUGGAUGGUCCUCUCCUACGAGGGCGGCGGCUUCCACGGCUGGCAGAAGCAGGAGCUGGCUGACGGCCCGCUGAGGACUGUCGAGGGCGUGCUGGAGGAGCGGCUGCGGCCGGUGCUCGCGCAGCGGGUCAAGUUUUGGCCGGCGGGCCGCACCGAUGCCGGCGUCUCGGCGCGCGGGCAGGUGGCGCAGUUCGACGCCGUCCUGCCCGAGUCGACGGCGCUGACUGCUCUCACCGGCGCCGUCAACGCGGCCUUGCCUCCCGACGCGCGCAAGGGCUCGUCGACGAGCGCGUGCCUGUGGAAGCGAUAUGUGUACCGCGUGGAAGGCGAGCCUGCUGCGGUGCUCGCCGCCUGCCGGAGGGUGUGCCAAGAGGCGCGAGGCAGCGGCGAGGGCGGCGUGGGGGAGGACAGGGCCGGUGGCGGCGAGGGAGGGUGCGGGACCGUCGACGUCGAGGCGAUGCGUCGCGCAGGCGCGUUGCUCGAGGGGAGGCGCGACUUUGCAUCCUUCCAGAGCAAAGGCGGCCGCAGCACCACGGUGCGCACGCUGCACCGCUGCGACGUGCGCUGGUGCGAGGGCGAGGGGCUCGCCAUCACCCUCGAGGGAGACGGUUUCCUGUACAACAUGGCGAGGAUCGUCGCGGGCACGCUCCUGCAGGCCGCCGCCAACAACCCCUCCUCCUCACAGAGACACACCGCACAGCCGCCCCCGCUCGCGCCAUCUUGCCGCCACUCGGGACUGGACUCCGCGCAGGUCGGCGUCGGGUGCAGGAGCGCGAGCAGCGUCGAGCAAGUACUCGCCGCUGCCGACCGCGUCGCCGCGGGCCCGACGGCGCCCGCGGCGGGGCUGUGCCUCGAGCACGUCGAGUAUGAGCGGCCGUGGGGCGGGGAGCGCGGGGCCAGUCGAGGGGAGGCGGCUGGGCAAGACGACGUCGUCGUCGACGAGGCGUCCUGA